AGUGCAAACACUCCCUCCCAAGAUGGCGGAUCAUACAGCUAAGGAUAGUAAACCAAAGUUUGAUAUGUCCCAUUGGUAUUAUUGCUCUUUAUGGUGGAGAAAUUAUCUGUAUUGGCAAUCACAUCUUGCUAAUUCACCUCAAGCUACUACUCAGCCUGUCUAUACCCCGCCAUUUCAUCCUUUUCAACCACCUCCAGUACAAGUGGUAGGAGGAGCUAGAGGACCUUCAUUUACUGUCCAUAUAAGAUUGACUACUGGUUUUGAAACAUACUUUGCUCCACUGUGGCGUCGUGCUGUUGCUGAAGCUAUAGAUACAUUACUUGUGAUGCUAUUACUAAAAUGGAUACUACCAUUGCUUGACUUUCGUAUUCCUGAGGUUCUGUUUCUUGGUACUGAUGAGAUAAUGGGAAUGGAUGAUGAAUCCAUUGAAGAAGUAGCUUGGACUAUGAUUGUAUUCUUCAUCUCUGUCAUUCUAGAGAGAACAGUUCACAUAUUAAUGGAGUUAUUGUGUUGUCAUAAGUUUGGCUGUACACCAGGAAAAUGGCUGCUGGGUUUACGUGUGUUCAACUGUACCUCAUUGCAUUAUACACAAACUGAUCCAUUCAGAACUGUGAAGAUUGAACCAGGAAAUAAACUAGGACUCUGGCAGUCAACAUUAAGAGCUGUCUUUAAAUCAGUAGUCAGUUUGUUCUGUCCUCUUGUUAUAUUCUUUAUUGUUAUGGACAGAGGAAGACCUCAAUAUGAUAGAGCUUUUCGUACUGCAGUUGUACAUUAUAAAUAUUUGUACAGACCAAUUUAAUUAUUUACGGCUUUCACAUCUUUAGAAUUUUAAGUCACUAAUGGCAGUUUAAUUUACUGCAAUCAGUGCAAUGCAGCUUUGUAUGAACACAA